ACCGACAAAUGUUUCAGAUUUGCUUUACAAUAAUUAGUACUCAUACUAUUUCCAUGCCACUGCCAACCCAUUAGCUUCACAACAUCUCAUUGCCUCCUAAGCAUGGCAUUGCCACAAUCAUGGCGCGUGGCACCUCUCACAAAAAGUUGUGAACUUUCUCUCUCUAAAAAUCUUCUUUUUUUUUUUUUUUUCUUUUUCCCUUGUACUCCGAAAAUUCCAACCCAUCUUUCUCUGUUAGCCGUUGAGAGUGUUUCAGUUUAGUUUUACCCUCCAUUUUCAUAACGUUUCCACUUCAACUUUCUUCUUUCAAAGGGUGUUGUUUUUUUUUUUUUAAUUAUUCAAUGCCCCAUUGAAAGUUUUGGCCUUUGACAAUUAUGACCAUCCUUCAAUCAAAUUGAUAUCUCUUUCUCUCUCUACAACAAGCUACUAUGUUUCUUCAUCUAUUUCAAUGGUGGUCUUUGCCUCUUCCACUCUCUAUUGUUCCACCACCAACAAUUAGGGUUACAUAGAAGUUGCAACACAGUGAAUUGGUGACAAGAUAUGGAGCAACCACGGCGUUGGCACGACGUGUUCUGGUUAGGGAUAUUUGUGAUCCAUUUGGUUGGUAUGGGAUUGGUUCUUGGGGUUUUAGGCCUCAACAGGUUCAAGCAAAAGAACAGGCUUGACAUUGAUAAGUACACCUAUCGGUUCAUGGAGAAUGAGGCUGGUUUGACGGAGGAUUAUUGGCCGCUUUACGCGGUGGCCGGAGGCGUUGGAACCUCCCUUGGAUGGAGUUGGUUGCUGUUGUUAGGCUCACGCGCCACCCAGAUGAUGAAGGUGUCUGUGCACAUCCUCACCACUUACCUUGCUGUCAUCAGUGUUUUGUGUUUAUGGGCUGAGCAGUUUUUCUGGGGUGUUGCCUUUGCUAUUGGGGCAGCCCUGCAGUUCCUGUAUGUGAUUUCUGUCAUAGACAGACUUCCCUUUACAAUGUUGGUUCUACAAAAAGCUGUCAAGAUGGUAUGGAAUCUUCCUGAGGUUAUGAGAGUGGCAUAUGCAUUUAUGCUUGUUGUGCUUUUAUGGCUGGCCUUGUGGUCAUUUGGAGCUGCUGGUGUUGUGGCUUCAAGCAUCGGUGACAGUGGACGCUGGUGGCUUCUUGUGGUUCUCUCUGUAAGCUUAUUUUGGACAGGUGCUGUGAUUUGCAACACUGUGCAUGUCAUAGUGUCUGGGACAGUUGUUCGUGUUACUAUCCAUGGUGGUAGAGAGGCUGGGUCAGUUCCUGCUAACAACUUAAUGAAAUCUUUACAGUAUGCUUUAACAACAUCUUUUGGCAGCAUUUGUUAUGGUUCAUUAUUCACAGCUGCAAUUAGGACUCUGAGAUGGGAGAUAAGAGGAAUCCGGUCAAAGAUAGGCAAUAAUGAGUGUUUGCUUUGCUGUGUUGAUUUCCUCUUCCAUCUUGUGGAGACUCUUGUCCGUUUCUUUAACAAGUAUGCUUAUGUUCAGAUUGCUAUUUAUGGUAAAAGCUUUAACCGUUCUGCUAGAGAUGCAUGGGAGUUAUUCCAGUCAACUGGAGUUGAAGCACUUGUGGCCCAUGAUUGUUCGGGUGCUGUACUGCUAAUGGGUACCAUUUUUGGUGGGCUGAUAACUGGAACUUGCUCUGGUGUUUGGGCAUGGAUUAAAUGGAGGGACAGGGCUUUUAUGAUUGGGUCCACAUCUAUGCUCAUGGGGAUGAUAUUGGUUGGCGUGGCUAUGGUUGUGGUGGAAAGUGCUGUUACAUCCAUAUACAUAUGCUAUGCAGAAGAUCCCUUACUGAUUCAGAGCUGGGACACUGAGUUUUUCAACCAGAUGUCUGAGACACUGCAUCAACGACUUCAACAUAGAAGUUCACGUGCAAGGGAAGUUUUAACCCAAAAUCAGCUUGAUUCACGUAUAGGAGAACACACAUCUAUUUGAGGAAUCACUUGAUGUCACACUACACCACUUUAACACUUUUCCAUUUUAUGUCAAAUCCUUUAGCUUUAGCAUCCUUUUGCUUCAUUUUGCGGUGCAUUAAUAGGGUGACUUAGUAUUUCUAGUUAGGGAGGGGGGAGAAAAGUGAUGGUUGUGACUAGCUUUGAGCAAAUUUGGAUAUGCAGGUUCCUUGGUUGGUUGCCUCAAAUAUGGUCAUUUUGUACCCGUAAAAGAAGAAAAGAAAGAAAAUGAAGACAGUGAUGGUCUUGAUUAUUGGCGUGUAUGAAUGUUUAAUAAAUUAAUACAGUCUACAAAAUGUACA